GAACACACGGCAACCAUUUUCUUUCUUUUCUGUUAUAAAUUUAUUCAGUUUGUUGAUCGUUUGUACUGAUAGUUAACUGUAGUGUACCUAAAACGUAUGAGCUUAUAGGUAUAUUGUGUCGGUGUGGAAAAUAUUAUCAGAAGGAUCUCGAAUGUACAAAGUUUUACGGUUAAUAUUUUAAGUGAUCAUCUGACACUGAAAAACCCAAUAUUAUGAAAAAACCAAAAGGGAUCCUGUCGCCCCCUACAAAAGCUAAAGGAAGCAAAAAAGAUAAAGCUAAAGAGGGCGAUGGAAACUCAAACCAUAAAUCAGAUGCAAAAUCUGAUCCUAUUCCUAAGGAAGAGUCUGAUUCACAGCAAAAACUUUCUGCCGAGGGAAGCAAAGCUACUGUAUCAAGGAAAAGGGGAUCAUUCAGGAUGUCGUUCAGGAAGAAAAUAAAGGACGUUGUUCGGGACUUAGAAAACAAAUCUCAAGCUGAAACAUCUUCUGCUGGGGCGGACGGUGGUAUGUCAUCGAAUCAGCGCCGACCAGCAGCUGAAGUAGCUUUAGAAGCUCAUUCCAUUUGGAAAAAGCAGGCACAAAAAAUUCCUGAAAGUGAUCCAGUUGAGGAAAAUCCUUUAAAGAUGAUAAAGCUAAAAAAGGUCCCACCACCCGAAAAGAAGUCCUCGAUGGACACAAAAGUAAAACCGGAUAACUUAGACGGACCCCAUCUAUCAGAUUAUGUUUUUCAGACGGCAGUUGACGAUCUAGACAAUGAAAUUACACCGAAUCAGCGACGAUUUGGCGACGUAGCUUCCGAAGCUCUAGCUGUUUCGAAACAGACCGCGUCAAAAAUUCCCGAGAGCGAAACGAUACCGAUAGAGGAAACUCCGUUGAAAAUGGUAAAGUUGAAGAAGGUCACGCCACCCGAAAAGAAACUCACGAUGGACACGAAACGGAAGAAAUUUGAAUUACCCCAGCUGAGAUCUACAAAAACGAAUCCGAAAGAUUCGGGGAAUUUGCCUGACACAACACCACCAAAAUCAGAACAAAACGCUACAGAAUCCAAACCCUCUGCAUCCAAUGCUCCUAUUGAAAAUCAGGUUACAUCGCUGAACAAAGAUUCGAUUCAGAAGGAUUUAACUUCUACUAUAGCUGAAGAAAAUCAAGAUAAACUGAAGAUUCAUGAGGAAAAUAUUGUCGAGGAAAACAAAGUUGAAUUACAACCAAACAAAGAUUCCUCCCUCGUUGCCAUGGAAGUGGAAGUUGUCUCCUCGCCACAAGUUCAAACAGCAGUUUCAGUUUCAUUUACACCAGUCACCAUGGAGAUGCUGGACCACCCUACUGUCACUAACAUAUCUGAAUCAGAUGAAGGCAUCGACAGUGCAAGUGACAGCGUCGGCGAAUUUGUGUCCGCCAGUGAAGGAGACGAUAUUGUUUACGAGGAACCUAUACAAGAACUUCUCCAUGGCCCUGAAGAAUAUUCCAGGCUAGGUACAAGACGGAUAUCUUUCAACUUUUCUAAGAAUGUUGUCCAUAACAUAAGCCAGGAUGAGUCCGACGAUGAAGAGGAAUCUGAUUACGAGGAAGAAAAGGAAGAAAAACAAGAAGAAAAACAAAAAACAAGAAGAAGAGGAAAAACAAGAAGAUCAAGAACUAGAAGAGGAGUUAAAUGUGUCACCCAGCCUUUUGAAUGUGUUUCAGAUCGAGCAGCUCCGAGAUAAGAUAAGUCAUAGAACCGAGGAAACUCAAGACGAGACUCAAGUUGACGGUCUGGGUAGUGAUAAUAGCGAUGACGGUGACACUAUUGAUGGUGACACCGAUACUCUUAAUUCUGCCGAUUUGGUAGAGAGAAG